CCACCUGUCUCUCUGUUCACCGAGACGAAGGGGAACGUGAGAUCGUCGCUGAUUCGAACGAUCGAUCUGCUAAGACGUAGCCGACACGUAAAAUGGUGGCGUCGCAAAAUGACGGCGGCAGAAGUAUGGAUGGCGGCGGUGGCGGUGGUGAUGGUGGCGGCGGCGGCGGAGGUGAUGACACAGUUUACACGGUGACCGUGAGCGGGGUCGGUUACAGGAACGAGGGUUACAAGGACGACGGCACCGAUGGCAUACCGCCGGAGCCGCAGAAGCCACCGCAACUUCCGGCAGCGGAUGACGAUACGCAAUCGCGGAAAUUCAAACUGUCGCGCAGUGAAAAAUGGCGUAUUUUAAAGAACAUCGGCACCGUCUCCAUCGCUUUUAUGGUGCAGUUCACUGCGUUCCAGGGCACAGCAAAUUUACAAUCGUCAAUCAAUGCCAGCGAUGGUCUCGGUACCGUCUCGCUCUCGGCCAUCUAUGCCGCCCUGGUGCUCUCGUGCAUCUUCGUGCCCACUUUCCUCAUCAAGAGACUCACCGUCAAGUGGACCCUCUGCCUAUCUAUGCUGUGUUACGCACCGUACAUCGGUUCGCAGUUCUAUCCCAAAUUCUACACUCUGGUACCCGCUGGCGUUCUCCUGGGUCUUGGCGCCGCGCCCAUGUGGGCUGCUAAGGCCACGUAUCUGACACAAGUCGGCGGUGUCUAUGCCAAGAUCACUGACCAGCCAGUCGACGCCAUCGUUGUACGGUUCUUCGGCUUCUUUUUCUUAGCGUGGCAGACGGCCGAGCUCUGGGGCAACCUUAUCUCUUCGCUUGUAUUGAGCGAUGGCGGACAUUCUGGUGAUGAUGGCAAUAGUACGACCAGUAGCUGGGAAAAAAUCAAGUCGUGCGGUGCAGAUUUCUGCGUCCUUGGCAACGGAGGCCACGAGAACCUGGAGCGACCACCGGAAUCGGAGAUCUAUGAAAUCUCCGCGAUCUACCUCACGUGUGUUAUCGUCGCAGUGAUCAUCGUCGCUUUGUUCGUCGAUCCCCUCUCCAGGUAUGGCGAGAAACAACGGCGAUCGGACAGCCAAGAAUUGAGCGGCAUCCAAUUGCUCUCCGCUACAGCUUACCAGUUGAAGAAACCGUACCAGCAACUGUUGAUACCCAUCACGAUAUGGAUUGGUAUGGAGCAGGCUUUCAUCGGCGCCGAUUUCACGCAGGCGUACAUCUCCUGCGCUCUGGGCGUCCACAGAGUCGGCUACGUCAUGAUCUGCUUUGGGGUGGUUAACGCCGGCUGUUCCUUGCUAUUCGGUUCAUUAAUGAAAUUUGUUGGCAGACAGCCACUGAUGGCAUUGGGCGCCAUCGUUCAUGCUUCUCUGGUAGUUGUUCUUCUCAUGUGGAAGCCUCACCCUGACAAUCCUUAUGUCUUUUUUUCGGUCUCAGGACUGUGGGGUGUGGGCGAUGCCGUGUGGCAGACGCAGGUUAACGGACUUUACGGUACGUUAUUUAGGCGUAACAAGGAGGCAGCCUUUUCGAACUACAGGCUGUGGGAGAGUGCCGGCUUCGUGAUCGCCUACGCGUAUAGCACACAUCUCUGCGCCCGUAUGAAGCUGUAUGUGAUGCUGACGGUGCUGAUCAUUGGUACCAUAGGCUACAUUAUCGUCGAGUUGUUGCACAGACGCAAACAACGGCGGCUCAAAGCGAUCGCCGAGGAUCCGAAAGCUGCCCAAGCAGCUGCCGAGGCGAAUCAUCCGGAAGAAACCGAUGACGAAAAAGAUGAUCUUGACGACGAGAUCAUCAUCACACAUCUGUGAGCGACGAUUAACGUCGACGAUUAACAUCGUCCCUCCUUAAAAGUCCUCGCACCGCUUUCUCAGCUCGUCGACGGGGAAAUCGAGACGACGGCCGGAAGAUCCGAUCGACCCAUUUCGUGAAUACCUUUUCCUCUAAUAUCUUCCGCCUGUCAUUCCCUCGUUCUAGCUUAUCAAUCUCUCUCAUCUUGAGAUAGAGAUUAAUGAGCUGCUGAGAUCAAUGAGCAGUCGCGGCACUCUUCCCCGUCGACGAUGCGGGCGAGGAAAGCGUGUUCUUCGGCGGUAAAUCCGGAAUGUGGAAUCCGCGUUUGGUCACAAGGAGAUCAAAGUUGAAGCACGGUUUCAACCUUAAUGAAACGGUGGUCUAUAACUUCCACGACGAAAUGGAGAUGCCGGGCGUCGACUCCAUCUUGCGGAUGCUUCUCUUCAAGGUAAUGCCGAGCGUAGUGCGUCUCUCCAGGCUGAAAUCUGGCUUCCACCUUUCUCAGCGGGACCAGAAUGAGUCGAUGAUAGAUAAGUAAUACACUUGUCAAUAUUUGGUGGUGCUAAGGAAUGCAUGGCGAUGUAAAAUUCGCUCUCGUCCUCUGGAAACGUGGAACUUCCGCCUGUUACUCAAAACUAUCGAAUCAACGCCAUGAUGAGGAAUCACUCCGAUCUUCGAUCCGCGUUCUUAAUAUGAGACCUCAUCAUCGCGUUCGUGAAGCGGUCACGAAAAUAACGCGCGGCACAGAGGUAAAAAGUGCAUUUUAUUGCGCGUAGUUCUUAUGCAAGACGCGUAUUUAAAAAUGUGGCGAUUCCUAGAAUUAUUCAGUUUAUAUCACAUAUUUAUUGCAUGCCGAAUGGCAAUGCCUCAACAAUCGUUGUCAUCAUGUAUUGGAGGAGAAGAAUAGAAACGCAUUUUUGCUUCUUUAAAUUUGAAGAAUUAUUAUAUUUUAGAAGAAACAUUAAAUGUUUUAUGUAUUUUCUUCAAUU